AAAUUAAAAAACCAAAUAACUAGCCAGGCAUAGUGGCACAUGCCUGUGUUCUCAGUGAGGUGGGAGAGUUCCUAAAUCCUAGGACAUUGAAGCUACAGUGAGCUAUGUUCAUACCACUGCACUCGAGCCUCAGUGACAUAAAUUAAACGCUUUCUUUUAAAAAAAGGAAAUGCUAGAAAUCAAAACACUGCAACAGAAAUGAAGAAUGUCCUCAAUAGGUUUAUCAGUGAACUGAACACGGUCAAGAACAACAUCAGUCAUCUUGACAAUAUGUCAAUAGUGACUUCCCAAACUGACAUGCAAAGAGAAAAAAAUGGGAAGAAAGAAUAGAAUAUUCAAUAAUUGUUGUAGCACGUAGCACAUGCACAAUGGGAAUGCUAGAAAGAGAAGAAAGAGGAAAAAAUGCAGAUAAGUAUUUGACUGAGAAUUUUCCAACAUUAAGUGUUGAAAUCACAAAUACAAGAAGUCCAGAAAAAUACCAAAAAUAUAUACAUAUGCAAAUUAUAUUUCAACUUCAGAAAAUCAGAGAGACAAAUUGUUGAAAAUGAAUGGAAUAAUAUACUUGGUUUAUAAAGAAGCAAGAAUAGGAUUUAUAUAGGACUUCUUGUCAAAAACCAUCCAAUCAAAAGAGAGUAAGGUGAAAUAUUUAGAGUGUUGAAAGAAUAUAAUCAACUGAUAUUUUUGUAUCUAGUAAUAUUAUCCUUCAAAAGUGAAGGAGAAAAAUUAUAAGAAAUUUGGAUCUACAUCCUCUUUCCACCUCUUCUUCAUCCCCUUCUCCUCGUCCUUCUAUUCCUCCUUCUCCUCCUCCUUCUUCUUCAUUGUCUUCUUAUCCAUUAGAUUAUAUAAAAGUAAGCAAAAUAGAGAUUUUAUUUUACCUUCAUAUAUUUCUUCUCUAAGGUCUCCCUUCUUUAUGUAGAUCCAAAUUUCUUAUAAUUUUUCUUCUUCCUGAAACUCUUCUUUGAAAUUUUUUAAAAAGCAGGACUAUUCUUGACACAUUUCCUCAGUUUUUGUUUGUAGGAGCAAGUAUUUUUCUCCUUCACUUUUGAAGGAUAAUUUUACUAGAUACAAAAAUAUCAGUUGAUUAUAUUGUUCUUUCAACACUAAAUAUUUCACCUUACUCUCUUUUGAUUGGAUGGUUUCUGACAAGAAGUCCUAUAUAAAUCCUAUUCUGAGCGUGCACGCAGUGUCGAAAUCAAGGACGCGUGGAUGCUUUUCGUGGCAGAGUGACAAAGGUUUAACAACAGGAAGAGGAUCAGGGGCCAAGACAAGAAGCUGAAGUUCGGCCUGCCAGGACCCCCGGGCCCCAGCAUCCCACCCAAGGCGCUGCUGCAGGAGUUCCAGCUGCUGCUGAAAGGUGCGGUGCCGCAGGGCCAGAGUGCGGGAUCCUGAGCCCUGCAUGCCCGUCCUCGCGGGGCCGAUCGCUGCGAGCCUCGCUCAGGUCCAGCCGCCUCCAGGGAGGACAAUGUCGACAAGAUGCGGGGCGUGAGGGCGGUGCUGGCCGCACCCCUGGUCCUGGGGCCGCGGGAGCUGCGCGAGGAGGCCGCCUUCCACUGACGCCUGCACCGGGACCGGUUGCUGCAGCGGUGCCAGCUGCAGGAGCUCAGCGUCUGCUGCUUCUCCGACGCCAGGGCGCCGCCAGGAUGACAGGUGCACGAGGCUGCGGCUGUGGGCAGAUGUGGUUUCCAGCCCCAAGUCCCCGCGUCCCCUGGCUGCCCAGCCCGCUGUCCUGUGAGCAAGAAGGUGAAAAAAGCCACCCGAUCAACAGGUCAGCUGCCCCGCCUGGCAGCCCAGCCAGACAAGGCAACCGAAGUUCAUCCUCUCUGAGUUGAUUUCGUGCGGGCAGCGGGCCGGCGCCCAGGAUGCUGGGGAGCCCUGCGCGCCGGAGGCCGACAAGCCGUGGGGCCCAGAGGCGCCACAGGGCAAGAAGGCACCCGCCAACCAGCGCUUUCACCCCCUGGCCUGCCCGGCCCGCGAGGUGUCCCAGUGGCUGCGGCCACGCCAGGCAUUCUGCCCGGCGGCGGCUGCACAGGGACGAGAACUCUGCUCAACCCCAUCAGGGGUGACUGCCAAGUGCCCAUGCCAGCGGCCCCGAUCUCCCUCUGGUGGAGGAGUGGGGCGGGAGACAAGGCCUGGGGGCCUCAGGCUGGGCGCGCUGGCGAUCCCGAGGCCGACCAGACCAUGCACCUCCAGCCCGCCUGGGCACCCAAGCUGCAGCCGCCUUCUGUGUGCAGGCAGCAGCCUCCAGGCAACCCCCGAGCCCGCCCGCACUCCCCACAUCUCAGAACCGGGGCCAGAUGUCCCUGUGGCUGCCGCCAAGCCAGGCGGUCUGCCCUGCGGCGGCUGCACAGGGGCGGGAAGCGGCCCUCAGCCCCAUCCCCGGUGGCUGCAGAGGGUCACUGGCUAGACGUCCCCAGCUCCAGCAGAGGAGGAGCCCGGCCGGGGCAGGGCCUGGCGGGCUCUCAGGCCAGGUGCACUCACGAUCCAGAGGCGGCCCAGGCCAUUCUCCACCACCUGGGCGCCCAAGCUGCAGGCGCCCUCUACCUGCUGGCAACAGCUGUCUGGCUACUCCCAAGCCGGCUGGCGCUCCCAGCCUCGCAGAACCGGGGCUAGAUGUCGCCGUGGCUGCGGCCAAGCCAGGCGGUCUGCCCGGCGGCGGCUGCACCGGGGCGGGAACCGACCCCCCAGUCCCAUCCCCCGUGGCUGCGGAGGGCCCCUGUCAGCGGCCCAGAUCUCUCUUCAGAGGAGGAGCGGGGCGGGAGUCACGGCCAGACGGGCCCUCAGGCCGGAAGGGAUGCACGCCUGCGAUUCCGGGACGUCUCGCGCGAGCCCAGGAGAACCCGCAAGCCAGCAGCGCCUGCGCCCGAGUUGCAGCAGCCCCCUGCAGGCCGCACGGGCUCGGGAGCGGCUUCCGGAGUCCGAGCUGGCGCUGAGCUGCAGGCGCCGAGCCUAAUGGCUUAGCCGGGGCUCACGCGGUCUGAGAGAUCGGAGCGCUGAGCUACAGGCGCGCGCCUAACGGCUUCGUGGAGCUCACUCGGUCUGAGAGGUCGGAGGCUGCUAGUGUCGCUGCUGAAGGCUGUGGUGGACCGGGCUGGAUCGGGAUUCUGAGCUACAUCGCGGGUUUGGGGGUGGAUCUUGGAUUUGGGGGUGGAUCUUGGAUUUGGGGGUGGAUCGCGGAUUUGGGGGUGGAUCGCGGGUUGUGGGGGUGGAUCGCGGAUUGGGGCUGGGUGGGGAUGGAAAGGCCACGAGGAGCCGCGGCGGCUCAGGAGCGGGUGGUGGGCGUCUGAAAAGUCGCCACCGUGAGGAAGCUCUUCAGCUUCGGGAAACGCCUGGGCCAGGCGCUCCUGGGCUCCGUGGACAAAGAGUACGCUGGUCGGGGGUACUACAUCGCGGACUGGGAACUGCGGAAGAUCCACAGGGCUGCCAUCAAGGGCGACGCCGCGGAGGUGGAGCUCUGCCUGACGGGCAGGUUCCGGGACUUGGACGCCCGCGACAGAAAGGACAGGUAGCGGGGGCUCAGCCCGCGGUGGGAGGGGGCUCCAGGCCCGGCUUCCCUGCAGCCCCGCAGCCCCUGGGGCGGGGACCUUGGAGGGCGCCGGGCACCCUCGGAGCCGCAGGGCCAAGUGGAGCCUCAGCUGCUUUCCAUCGCUGGCAAUUCCCCGUCUGUAGCAC